CUUCUUAAUCCGGAAUAUUGCUAUAUUUAGUCACAUCAUUUUUUUUGUUUUCAUAAAUAGAAAUUCAUCUAAGGCGCCUGAAACUCAGAAGAUGGAGGAAUCCCUUGGUGAAGAGAACAAAACAGUGGCUGUGAAUGACGAAGGAACCCCAGAGCUAAUGCCGCUAAAGGUUGUGCAGAAAUUCAUUGCCGCUAAUAAAUACGGCUUUAAAUGCCAGGAACUCGCCAAGAACUACAUCCUGAGCUUCCUUAAGCGCACCUAUGUGCCAUGGAUGUCGGGAAAGAACGUGCCGGCAUUCUUCCAGCACAAGGGCUUCAAGCAUGCAGCCUUUCUAAGGACCUCCGAGGCGGAGAGCCACAAGUGGAGCCUGAAGAGCAAGUGGAUGCGUAAUCACUGGAUUGUGGAGCAAAAGGCGCGCCACCUGGCCGAGGCACCUAGCCUGCAUCUGCGCGCGGGGAGCGAUGACGAGGAGCGGCCACCUACUCCAAUGCUGAGGCAGCCACCUAAACCCAAGCUGGACUUGGACAAUGUGACGUUUGUGGCGUCCCACGGUGUGCUGAGGAAGAUGUGUCGCAGGAACGGCUGCCCGUACUUGGAAAAACCAAUCAAGGUGAAGCUCACCCUGGGCUACCGCCUGGUGCCGCUGGGUUUCGACAACGGACAGAGCUUUGAGAUCUGUCUGGCCAUUUAUGAAGAGGUCCCUGAACCGGUGCUCUCUGAAUUCUCUAACUUCUCGGGGAGUUUUAACACCUUCGAUUCCUCUGACACUUCCGACUCCUCUGGCUCGGAUAUCGUAACCCUAGUCGGCGCCAGGAAGCGUCGAUCGGCCUUCAACGCGAAAGAGGGGAAGCCCGAGAGAAAGCCAGCACGUAAUGUCUUGCUAUCGUAAAUAAAUACUAAAUACAUUCCAAA